AUGCAAUGCACGUUACGGACGCGCGACGCAAUCAUCUCGGCCAGCUUCACGAUCUUCAACGACGAUAAAGACGACGAUGACGACAUCGACCGUGACGAAAUCAACGACGACGAUGACGACAUCGACCGUGACGAAAUCAACGACGACGAUGAUGACGAUGACUAUGGCGACGAUGACGAUAUCGCGAUGACGACGACGACGUGUCGCGGUGUCGCCAGGCGGACGAUGGCGUCGUUGAUGAUGGUGCUCAGUCUUCUGCCGCUCUGCCUUUCACUAGAAUUGACGUUUGACAACGUUACGAACAUCACGGCCCACGAGGUGAAAGAUCUUGUCAACACAACCACAUUGACGCUCUCUGGUUCGGCCAUCACAGCGAUCGAUUCGGACACGUUCUCUGGCAUGGAGCAUCUAAAACAGCUGACCAUAACAGACAGCAGUCUCGCUGAAGUUCCGUACUCAGCUUUAGGAAAUCUGAAGUGCCUAAAAACACUCGAUCUGUCGUCGAAUCUCAUCGCCACUGUCCACAGCGAUAGCUUCGUCAACGUUUCCAACACACUACAGCACCUCCUACUCGACUCCAAUCACAUCGAAGCGAUACCAGUCGAUGCGCUGCGGUCACUCUAUAAUCUACAGACGCUGUGAGUUUGCAUGUGCUUCCCUCACCAGCGACGAUGCUGCUCCGUGCGUGCGUAAAAGCCU